GAAGCUAAAACAAGAUUAAGGCAAGCAUGUCAAUCAUCACAAUACAACUUGGGCAGUGCGGUAACCAGAUUGGCCGUGAGGUGUUUCAGGAGAUCUCCACAGAUCUCCACAGCACAUAUGGACUGUGUUCCAGAAAGGAAAAUGAUGCCUACCGUGCAGUCUCCAAAGAGCGCUUUUUCAGUGAGGAGGAAACUGGAGUUCCAGCUGCUCGGGCAGUUCUUGUUGACAUGGAACCCAAAGUGAUUGGACAGACUUUAUCAGUGGCCUUGAAGUCUGGCAGCUGGAAGUAUGACCAUCAAUCGCACUUCUGUCAAAAGCAGGGUUCAGGAAACAACUGGGCAAAUGGUUACUGCAUUCACGGGCCCAGACACAAAGAAGCGAUCAUGAAUCUGGUACAGAAGGAGGCCGAGAAAUGUGACCGGCUGAGUGGAAUUCUGACGCUCCUGAGUAUGGCCGGUGGGACCGGGUCGGGCCUGGGAGCCUUUGUGACCAGGAGCCUAAGGGACGCCUACCCAACCUCAUUUCUGCUGAAUCACGUCAUCUGGCCCUACAGCCUGGGAGAGGUUAUUGUUCAAAACUACAACUCCAUCCUGACCCUCUCACACCUCUAUCAGACCUCGGAUGCGCUGCUUGUUCACGAGAAUGAUGCCAUCCACAAGAUCUGUGCACAGCUCAUGAACAUCAAGCAGAUCUCUUUCCAGGAUGUCAAUCAAGUCAUCGCACAUCAGCUAGGAAGCGUCUUCCAGCCAGCUUAUUCCUCUGACAGUGCCUCUCACUACAGCAGAAGUCCUCUAGGAGACCUGAUGGAAGCUCUUGUUCCUCAUCCAGAGUUUAAAAUGUUGGGUCUCCGGAACAUUCCACAGAUGUCUGAAAACUCUCUUGCCUUCAGUACCUUUGCAUGGCCUGGACUCCUGAAACACCUGAGACAGAUGCUCAUUGCCAAUGCCAAAAUGGAAGAAGGUAUCGAUUGGCAGGUGCGACCACCAUUGCCUGGACUGCCUCUGUCCCAGAAACAGUCCCUGAACAGGACAGCUCAUUUUAACACUUCCAUUGCUAACCUGAUUACCCUGCGAGGAAAAGAUGUACAGACUGCAGAUUUAGGAGGUUUCAGAGACCCUGCCUUGUACACCUCAUGGCUAAGCGCUCAAGAGGCCUUGACUAUCUGGAAGACUCCGAGGGCCUUCAACAAGUACGAGAAGUCUGCCUCUUUGGUCAGCAACAGCCAGUUUUUAUUGAAGCCCAUCGAUGGUGUGGUGUCAAAGGCUUGGAAAAUGUUCGCUUCCAAGGCUUAUGUCCAUCAGUACACCAAGUUUGGGAUAGAAGAGGAAGACUUUUUGGACUGUUUCACCACUCUGGAACAAGUUAUUGCCAGCUACAUCAGCCUUUGA